AUGGCAGCACGCAUUGGUGAAGUAGCUGGCUACGUCCACGAAGUGGUACGAGCAUUCGACAAAGCUGGCGACCUUGUGCGACGAAUUGGAGACAGAAGAGGCGGCCAAGAUGACUCGGAAGUUGUACAAGACCUCUACAAAUCACUAGCUCUGGGAUCUACGAUUGUUCAAGGUUAUUUUGAUGCAGAUUCCAGGCGGCUGGGAGCCGCGUACACGGCUGGCGAUCUCGAGGCACAAAUUCAGUUAAGAGAUGUGCUGUUAGGCCUGAAAACACUGAUGAACGAUCUUUCUGAUGUCCUGCUCGACGACAAAGAGAUCGACUUUAGGCAAAUGCAAGACGCUUCCGACGAUUGUCGAGUCAACGCAGGUGUGUGUCUAGGACAACUAUCGCAGAGAUUGGCGGCUCCAACGCAGAGCCACCUCCAGCAAUCCCCUCGCUUUCUCAGCAGUACGACCUCUACGGGUAGCCCGAGCCUGCAAUAUUCGAGCAGCCAAAGUAGACACUCUUCCACAGUAGGUGCGAUACCGAGAACACCAGAUCCCUACCACCAGCAAAGGACACCAGCUGCACAAUUGUACUUGAAGAGACCUGAUUCACAGGAUAACUACUACAUACAACAUCACAGGCAACGAAGCAGCAGAGGUAGCAGUAGUCAGCAUGGCUCCUACAGUGACUGGUCCAGUGAAAGCCAACUUGCAAUUGAAAGGGAUGUUGACAAAUUGAGCCUCAGAAGACCAUCUUCUCAUACACUCGCUCCGGAAGAUGGAGCCUUACUUUCAUCCACUCUGUCUGUCUGUGAUCAGCCUGGCCAGCAAGAUCUUACCAGAGACUCGUACACGCCGUUCGGCGCUCAGAGCUCUGCUAGGCAGACUGAGAACAAUUUACGGCAUGGAAGGGCAAGAUACGAUCCAGACGACUAUUCACCACAACCUAUCGACCAGCAUGAUCCAUUCUACAUGAGCCGAGAGUCCAUUACCUCGUUCGCAAAUCGAGCCUACGAUGUGAGCGGUAGUACUUACGAGCAAAGGAACGCCGACUUCGAUCGAUCUGCGCAGCCGGAGCCGCUCCGUCUGCCUGAUCGACCAGCAAGGCAGUUCAGUAAUGGGCCUCAAAGUCCACCUCCUCGAAGACCGAUUCCUUCUGUUCCUCAGGGUCAAUCCAGUGGCUACGCGACGCUUAAACAACCAUCCGAGACACCUGUGGGACAACCGCCUCGCGCUGGUGGCCAGGAAGUACCAAUCCCACCACGUAGCGACCCGAGACCUAGUCCUUCUGCAGCUGUGCUGCAACAACGUCCUGAAACCCUCCCACGACCAGCACCGCCAUUUCAGCCGUCGCAUACUAUUCAAAGAGCUAUGGAGCGGAACGCACGGAGACAGCAUGCCAUUGAUCAAUCUCCAUCACAAGAUUCACAAACAUCAUCCAGAUACCAAAAUUCACGAUCGCCGUCCUAUAGCAGGCCAACGACAGACACAAACUCUAAUGCCUCGCAGUCACUUUCACACAUUGCAGCCCACCGUCAACCCUCUAUCCAACAGAUUACUACACCACCUCAAGUUGAAUUAUCAUCACAAUUCUUGUCCCAAAUAUCACGCACCUACCAACAGACAAGUAGCAAGUUGCCAUCGGUAUCGAGCGUGCCCAUUCCUCAGCAUCUGCCUUUGACACUACCUGACGAAAAGAACACAUCACCUUAUUGCAAAGGAGCCUUCCGCCUCUUUUUAGGCCUUUCCAAGAAGACAUUCAUUCAAGCACAGCGACCAGUCGGCAUGGCUUCCUUUGCUCCUUACUGGCGAUGCGAGAAGUGCCUCUUCGAGGGUCCGAUGGCCACAGCAACUGGUGCACCGGACAAGAAAGGACGACCAGGCAAGCCAGAAAAAGUUUUCGACCCUACAAUCCGUGAAUGUGGCCCAAUCAGCACAGCUGUUGUGGGUCCUGAUGGUCAAGGUGAAGGUGCAAGUGGGAUCAGAUUCAAAUGGGCAUUUCUGGCCAAGUGCCACGUCCCGCAGAAAUCAUCACCAGAUAAUAUGGGUAGGCCUGAUGGGUCAUUCGGCAGUUAUGGUUGUUUGUUUUGUACUGCGGAAGGCACAGCUCGUGGAUGGAAUCCCGGGAUGGGUAUGAAUGAUGCGGCAAGUACACUCUCUGGAAAGUCGGCGCGUAGUGCAAGUAUGAGCAAUGUCGGAAGCACACCUGUUUUUGGCAAUCUGCAGCUAUUGAUGGACCACCUACAGAUGCAUAGGAGAAAGGAGAAUUGGCCAUGUCCAGAGAUGAGAGGACGCAUGAAGUGCGUUGUUGGCAGGGUCGCCGAUAGGGGUGAGGACUGGGAGGUCAAUUUCUUGCCGUUGUAG